AUGAUGGAAAACGACGUCAGUAAUAAUCGUUCCACUACAGGUGCUGGUAGUGGCUAUGAAUUCAGUGUAAAUGAUGUAUGCGAUCGAUUGGAAAAAGAAUUUUCACAUAUGCAAACUGAACGAGCACAAUUACGAAUCGAAUGUGAAAAGUUAAAUGCAGAAAAAAAUGAAGCACAGAGACAAUACUGUCUUUACUAUGAAAUGGCUUAUCGUUUAUCUUACGAAAUGCACAGACAAACGGAAAUUAGUAAGCGUCUAGCGGCAUUGUUACAUCAAAUCAUUCCUUAUUUGACACCCGAACAACAAGCACAUGCACUACCGGCAUUGGAACGUGCCAAACAAGUAACAGCAAAUGAUCUUAACAGUGUCAUUCAACAACAAUUUCACGCACAAGCUACAGCUGUUGCUCUAGCAGCUGCAUCCAAUUCAUCUUCACCUAGUGCUGGUCUUCCACCAUUGCCGAGUGGAAUUCCUGGUUUGCCUGCUGGUCUGGGUGCAGCACCUCAUCUUCAACUUCCCGGUCCACCAGGUCUUCCAAGUGCUGCUGCUGCUGCAGCUGCCGCUGCCGGUCUUCCGCCUGGCAUGUUAAACUAUACGUCAGUACUGAGCAGUCUAGCUUCUCAAUAUACACCUGGCCUAAAAGACGAAGGUGUUUUAUCUCUUGCCAAAGAUAAUGCAUCAUCCCCACGUGCACAUAAUAACACUGAAUUUACAUUUUCAUCAAAACAUAAUUCCAGUAGCGGUCGAUCAUCGACAAAUGGAAAAUCUUCCAAGCAUCGACCCUCGAGUAAUAGUAGUCAUGCUCCGAAACCAACAAAGCCGUCGAACGCAGAAAGUGAUGGCGAACGAAGCGAAUCCGACCUAGUAAUUGAUACGAGUGUUGGCGCUCCAAAACAUGCAAAUGGUGGCAGCAGUUCAGGUGGCGGACUUCUUUUACUAAAUGGAGUCAAAUCAGAAACAGCUGAUAAUAUCACAGGCUCGGUGACAGCAAAUGAAACAAUACAAGCAUUCUCUGCUAAUGGCGCGGGCAGCGGGUCGUCGAAAGCACGUCGUGACCGUAGUCCAAUGUCGGAUAAGGAUGGUUCACAACGAAGUAGCACCUCGUCAUCAGCAGUGAAAAAGGAACGAAAUACACCACAACCAAAUAAAUCAAUGACACCGACAGCGGCAAGUAACCCUGUCCCACCAAAUCUCGGUAUUCCACCUAUGCCAGGAGGUGGUGUAUUGGGUUUACCACCUGGACUUGCUGGACGUAUGCCCACGGGUGCUCCAUUCGGUUUCAAUCCAGGCCCAUUUUCAUCACCUGAAGCAUUGGCGGCUGCAUUCGGUGCACUCGGCCCUCAUCAUGGUAAUCCAUUAAAUCCGUUUGGCCCAUUCGCUCAUCCGCUAGCACAAGCGGAAGUUGCCCAAGCGAUGGCAAUGGCAGCACAACAUCAGCAUGCCCAACAGAUGGCUCAAGCGCAAGCAGCCGCUGCAGCUUCCGCUGCUGCUGCUCAAGCGGCCGCGGUGGCAGCAGCUCAACGGCAACAGCAACAACUACAACAACAUGGGCCCAACAAUCAUCAUCCGUUAGUGAAUCAAGCAUAUUCAAUUUUCACUACGAGCGAUAGUCAAGGCAAUCCUGUGGUAACACCUGUAAAUAUGACACCUGAAGCAUUAACAGGUCCUAAUAUCCCAACAUCAGCUCGUGAGUUAGCUACAUUAAUGCAUGGUGAAGUCGUUUGUGCAGUAACAAUAAGUGAACCGUCAAAACGCAUCUAUACAGGCGGUAAAGGCUGUGUGAAAGUUUGGGAUUUGAAACAGACGGGUACUGUUCGAACACCAGUUUCGUAUUUCAAAUGUCUCAAUGAUGACAGUUAUAUACGUUUUUGUAAAUUACUCUCUGACGAUCGUACACUUGUUGUCGGCGGCGAAGCAAAUGUUAUUUCUAUUUGUGAUCUAUCAGCAGUUACUGGUGGAUCAGCAAGUAAUACACGUUCAUCGACACCAAACUCGAAUGCUUCAUCACCAUCGAAUCGACCACCUUCGUCAACAUCACCACGCAUUAAAGGUGAAUUGAAGCUAAAUGCUCCUGCCUGCUAUGCCUUAGCACUUGGUCCAUCCGAUUCCAAACUCUGUUAUUGUUGUUGCUCAGAUGGCUCUAUAGCUAUUUAUGAUAUUCAUAAUCAAUCACUGGUAAAAUCAAUCGUUGGUCACACUGAUGGUACAUCCUGUAUUGAUAUUGCUCCGGAUGGUCGAACAAUGUGGACGGGUGGAUUAGAUAACACUGUUCGCUGUUGGGAUCUUCGUAAUGACUAUGCACCGCUUCAAACCUAUGAAUUCGAUUCGCAAAUAUUCACCUUGGGCUACUGUCCGACAGGUGAUUGGCUUGCUGUUGGAAUGGAGUCCUCAACAGUAGAAUUAAUCGAUAUUUCUUCUACAGCAAAUGGUUCAGCAAGUCCAUCAAUGAAGAAAUCUUACGAUAAAUAUACGCUAAGUUUACAUGAAAGUUGCGUAUUAGCACUUAAGUUUGCUCAUCAAGGCAAAUGGUUUAUAUCAGCUGGCAAAGAUAAUUAUAUCCAUUGCUGUCGCACACCUACUGGUCUUCUCUUAUUUCAAUCAAAAGAAUCUUCAAGCGUUCUUUGUUGUGACAUAUCUGCUGACGAUCGAUAUAUUUUGACAGGUUCGGGCGAUAAGAAAGCCACACUUUACGAAGUCACAUAUUAA